CGCUGAUCCAGUCCUCCGGGAUUUGGUUGCAUUGUACCUAACAGCCAUUUAGCCCCACUGUGCUGUUUUUCUGUCUGUUGCUGUCCGUGUGUCUGUUAACGAGGGGAUAUCGUGGACCUGGAAACUCUGGGAAUAUCACAUCUACUCAUGGAAUACCUGGGAUAAGUUUAAUGUUCAUCCAGGCUCGAGAACUGACUCCAAAAUGUCGGUGUUUCCCGCUGCUUUCCAGUUUUCUCUCCGGGAUGUGACCGUGUGAUGGCUGCGGUCCAGUGAACUGGGAGCACGUUGACUGGUUCGCCUGUUCUAUCCACCAGUUUUGGGAGCUUGGCUUUAACUGUUUUUACUGGGAUUAUCGGAACCUAUGGAGUGUACAUGAACGUUGGUCGGAUAGGGAUUUCAAACGGGGAGGCGAUGUGGCGAGCUGGGCGUCGGCGCGGGGCCCGGCCCUGAGGAGGCGUCCGGCGGCUGGGAGGAGCGCGGCCCUCCUCUGGCCCUCCUGCGGCGCUCUGGGACGCUCCUACUAAGAUGUCCCUCAGCAGCGGCCCUGCAGGCGGGAAAGGUGUGGACUCCAACGCGGUGGACACGUACGACAGCGGCGAUGAGUGGGAUAUCGGCGUCGGCAAUCUGAUCAUCGACCUGGACGCCGACCUGGAGAAGGACAAGCUAGAGAUGUCGAGCAGCAAGGAGGGAGGGGGCAUGGCCGCCCCUCCCAGCGCCGUGGCUGCACUACCGGACAAUAUUAAGUUCGUCAGUCCUGUAGCCGCCGCGCAGGGCAAAGAGAGCAAAUCUAAAUCCAAACGUAGUAAAAACUCUAAGGAGAGCGCUAAGGCCCCGGUCUCAGACGGAGCCAAGAAGGAGGUUCAGGGCCGGGCCCCCUUGGAUGCCCCCACCCAGAACCCUAACUCUACCCCCCCCAAGGGCACUGACAAGUCUAGUAAACCCUCCCGUACCCUCCCCGCCGCGAAAAAGGACAAAGACGGGGCGUCGGGAAAAACUAAGAAGGAGAAAAUGGAGGUUGUGGCGACUGGAGUGGCCGGCGCUGAGAAAGAGCCGGCGGCCCCCGUCCCUCGCAGUGGCCCGUUCGAGGGCCAACAGGACCCCGAGUUGGCUGCGGCCGAGCAGCUCGGGAACAUGGCACUGGACUCGGCGGGGAUUGGCCAGCCUGUCGCCAUGACAACGGAGCAAGAGGAGGUGGACAACGGCGAAUGCCGAAAUCUGAAGAAAGUGGUCAGCGUGAAGAUGGAGUCUCCGGCCUCCACGCCGGCUCCCCCCCCUCUCCACCUCCUCGCCCCCGUCGCCAGCAGCGACAUCUCGUCUCCCUGUGAGCAGCUCAUGGUACGCACGCGCUCGGUAGCGGUGAACACGGCGGACGCGGCGCAGGCGACGGAGCCGGAGUGCCUGGGGCCCUGCGAGCCAGGCACCAGCGUCAACCUGGAGGGCAUCGUGUGGCAGGAGACGGAGGACGGCAUGCUGGUGGUUAACGUCACUUGGAGGAACAAGACUUACGUUGGGACGCUGCUGGACUGCACGAGACAUGACUGGGCUCCUCCAAGGUUCUGCGAGUCUCCGACCAGCGACGUGGAAAUGCGGAGCGGGCGCGGUCGGGGAAAGCGGAUGCGCCCUAGCAGCAACACGCCGCUGAACGACAACAGCAACUCCUCCGACAACAAAGGCAGCGGCAGCAGCAAGACGCGCGGCGCCGCGGCCAACAGCAAAGGGCGGCGAGGCAGCCAGACGGCCGGCGGCCCAGAGGACGCCAAGGCCAGCCCGUCCUCCGCCAAGAGGAAGACCAAACCGGCCUCGGACAUGGAGCCCACCUCCAGCUCGGAGGACACCAAGGCGUCCAAGCGCAUGAGGACCAACUCGACCGGCGCUGCGCUCCCCCUCGCCGUAGGGAAAGCGGACGCUCUGCCGCCGCCACAACUAGACCGCACUUGCCCAUCCCCCAUGCUCAUCGACUGCCCGCACCCCAACUGCAACAAGAAGUACAAGCACAUCAACGGGCUCAAGUACCACCAGGCCCGAGCGCACAACGACCACGACGUCCGGUUGGACCAGGACGGCGACAGCGAAUACGGGGACGACCCCGCGCUCCACCCGGACCCGGCCUCCUGCAACGGGGCCGCCAUUUCCCCCGCACGCUCCACCACGCCCAAAGGACGCGGCUUCGACGCCCCAUCGCCCUCGCCGGGGAAGCUGACGUCGAAGGGGAAGAAGAAGGCAGGAGAGGCUGAGCCGGACGCGACGGACUGCGGCGAGGAGACAGCGUGUUUAACGGACGACACCAGCAACGACGGGAUGGACGACAGGAAGGCGAAGAAGAUGGCGCUCGCGGGCAAAACCGAUAAACUUACACAGAAAGGCGUGAAGCCAGGCCGCCCUGUCGCGCCCAACGCCCCCUCGCCAUACGCCCUGCAGGCGUCCUCCCCCGCUCUAGGCUCAGUGGUUCAGCCCGUCCCCAAGAGCCCCCAGCUGAAAAACACGCAGCCCAAAGCGCCCCCGCUGGCGGACGCCGCGACCAGCCCCCCCCUCGGGAAGGACAAGAAGAAGAAGGACAAGAAGAAGCGCGAGGGAGGGAAGGAGGGCGACAGUCCGAAGGGGAAGGGCGCCAGGCCGGAGGACGGGAAGAGCCCGUACUCGGAGUCGCCAGACGCCUUGCUCAACGGCUCCUCGGAGGCACAGCAGAGCCGCCUGGCGAGCAUCAAGGCCGAGGCCGACAAGGUGUACAGCUUCUCGGACAACGCGCCCAGCCCGUCCAUCGGCGUGGCGAGCCGGAUCGAGGCCGGCCUCGGGCCGCAGCUCAACCAGAACGGAGCCGACAACGCGUCCGUCAAAACCGGCAGCCCCGCCUACUCGGACAUCUCGGACGCCGGGGAAGAUGGCGAGGGGAAGACGGAGGGCGUGAAGGUGAAAACGGAGCCGGACCAGGGGCCUCGUGAAGGCGCCAAGAAGGCGCUGUUCCCCCCUCAGGCGCCCAGUAAAGAGUCGCCGUACUACCCCAACUACGACUCCUACUACUCCCCGAACUACCCCAACCCGAGCCCGGGCGCCGCGCCCACGGCGCCCCCCCACGUGGAGGGAGCUCAGGUGAAGGUGAAGAAGGAGGAGGAGCCUGAGUUGUGCGAGGACCUCAAGCUGAAAGUGGAGCCACCGGAGGAGAGGAAGGUGGAGCCGGGACCUCAGCAGCCGUCCGUCAUCCAGCAGCGCUCAAACAUGUACGCCCAACCGCUGUACUACAACCAGUACUACGGUAUCCCGCCGUACUCGUACUCCCCCGACCAGGCCUACCACGCCCACCUGCUGGCCUCCAACCCCGCCUACCGCCAGCAGUACGAGGAAAGGCAGCGGCUCGCCGACAAGAAGGCCGAGGGCAAGGAGCGGGAGGCGUCCGGGAAGGAGGAGUGGAAGCAUAAAGCCUCGGUGCCCCCCACCCUCUCCAGAGCGCCGAGCCUCACCGACCUGGCCGCUAAGGGGGCGCUGAACCAACCGACCAAGCCCAAAGAGACGCCGCCAGCGGCAGAGCAAGCCAAGUCGGUCAUCAUGGCGAAGGGAGAGGACCAAAAGGCCGCCACCGCUGCCCAGCCAGAGGGCCUGAAGAUGAAGCUGAGCGAAGCAGGGCAUCAUGGGAAAGAGGAGGCCAAGCCAGGGGGCGAGCCAGGCAGGCCGACAGGCGUAGAGCCCGCCAUGUGGUACAGACAGGAGCCGGACUCGCGCUUGUGGCCGUACGUCUACCCCAACAAAUACUCUGAAGCCCCGAAACCGCAGGAGGAGGACCGGUGGAAGGAGGAGCGGGAGCGGGAGCGCGACAGGAAGGGGAAGGAGGAGAGGCCUCGGCCGAAGGACGGCGGCCAGAAAGAGGAGCUGAAGGAGGGGGUGGAGGGCAGGACUCAGCUCCCUCCAGAGGAGCAUAGGGGGGGAGGCAAGGAGCCCCGCCCCCCCCACAUGCAGUUCUCCUCCCCUCUGGCGCAGCACCAGGGCUACAUGCCGUACAUGCACGGACCGUACGCCUACAGCCACGGCUACGAGCCCAGCCACCCCGGCUACAGAGGCAUGCCCUCCGUCAUGAUGCAGAACUACCCCGGCUCGUACCUGCCGGCCGGCUACUCCUUCCCCUCGUACGGGGGGAAGGUGUCGGCAGGGGAGGAGGGGGAGAAGGCCUCCAGGUCCAGUCCCACGGUAAAGCAGCCGGGCGAGGCCAAGGCCCUGGAGCUGCUGCAGCAGCACGCCAGCCAGUACAAGAGCAAGUCCCCGUCCGUCCAGGACAACAAGACGCCCCACGAGAGGGACAGGGAGCGGGACAGAGAGCGGGGGGGAGAGGGCGACCGGCCGCGGUCCUCGCCGUCCCAACGCAUGCUCCCUUCACAUCAUCACCUGGGAUACCCACUGCUGUCGGGACAGUACGACCUGUCCUACGCCUCAGGUCUCUCCUCUUCAGCCAUCGUCGCCAGUCAGCAAGCGUCCGCCCCGUCCAUGUACCCCCCCGCACGGAGGUGAGAACGGCACACCUGAUUGGCUGAUCUCCACCCCCCCGCCCCGAGUCAUGUGACUUGAUCACAUGAGGAAGCAUUUCUGUGUCGACAUCAGUUCAAUGGUGUUUGUGUACGUUUGAUUUCUCCGCCUGGUCCUCCAGCUGGCCGUUCCCCGCCCCUGGCUGGACUGCCGAGGAUUCAAAUCUACUGGUCCUACUGGUCUCGCUGGUCCCGCUGGUCCCACUGGUUCCACUGGUCCUGCUGGUUCCAGGCGGUAUCGGGUGCUGGGCGGGUGGGAGGCAGAGGUUUCGGCUCAUGGACAAAGAGGACCUUGCGGGUGGAGACGCGUUGAGAUGCUGUCGAGACGUAUGGAGAAGCAGCCGGGUGGGUCGGACAGUUCUGGGCUGGGCGGUUCGGACAGUUCUGGGCGGUUCGGACAGUUCUGGGCGGGUCGGACAGUUCUGGGCGGGUCAGACAGUUCUGGGUGGGUCAGACAGUUCUGGGGGGGUCGGACAGUUCUGGGCGGUUCAGACAGUUCUGGGCGGGUCAGACAGUUCUGGGCGGUUCAGACAGUUCUGGGCAGCGGGGUCACUUCCCGUCUGCCUGAACCUUCAGUCGUCACGUUCUUUUAAUUUUUUUCCUCACGUAGGAAGGCGAAGGAGUCCCUCUGAUUCUGAAUCUGUCCCGUAGGUGACGGGGAGACUCUGAUCCCGGUUGAAUUGGGCCGUGGACGAACACCUGAUGUCUGUCAGUUCCACCUCGCGUGUUCGUCCCGUCGACCGUGAAAAAGUUUGGGGUUUUUUUUAAGUCAAAAUUUAAAACUAAAACCUUUUUUUUCUUCAAAGUUUGGUGUUUUUGCAACACUUCAUGCUACUUUCCCCGACGUUUUUGGCACUUUUUUUUCAAGUUUAUGUUGGUUUUUUUUUAAAUUUUUUAAGCUUUUUCCAACAUUUUAGUCACUUUCUUCAAAGCUCUUAUCAAUUUCUUUUUUCAAAUGCUAUUAAUUGAUUAUAAAAAAAACUCCAAAUUCAAUGAAUUCAGUGAACUGAUUAUGUACUUUACAUGUGAAGAGCGUUGUACGGAACCGUCCACGUUACUUUUUUUGACAAUUUGGUUGAAAGAAACUCCAAAUUUCGGAUAUAGAAACUUUUAAAAACAA